AUGUCCGAAGCAAUCCCUCAGAACGAGCUUGUUACUGACAGUGGCCUCAAGGUACUAAUCACAGGAGGCGCCGGCUGCAUCGGUUUCGCAACCAUCAAAUCCCUGCUAACGCAUCACCCAAACGCGUCUAUCCACAUCCUCGACCUCACAAUCCCAUCUCUAGAUGCGUUCCCAUUCUCAAUUCUUUCAGAAAAGAAAGAUCAAUUACACUUCCACAAAUCAGACAUCACAUCCUCUGCCUCUCUCUCCGCAAUCUUCAACGCCGUAAGGCCUCGAGUAGUAAUCCAUACGGCAUCCGUAAUCCCCUCAGCAGCUCGCAAACGACAAUUGAGUAAUGAAGGGUUAUGGAAAGUCAAUGUCGAAGGGACUAGAAAUGUGUUGACUGUCGCCGAGAAGAUGGCAGAAGUGGAAGCGUUGGUGUACACGAGUUCGUGCGAUGCAGUGAAACCAGAUAGUUGGAUGGGGUUUGUGAAUGCGACUGAGACAGAGACUGCGUCUUUGAGAGAUACGGACGUGGAAGGGUGGGAUAAUGAGAAGGCAGCGGCAGAAUCACUCGUUUUAUCCACAGAUUUGAGGAUAAAGACAUGUGCAAUCCGCACGCACGGCGUUGUGGGAACGUUGGAUCAGAACCUUUUCCCCUUGGUAGCUACCAGUCCACGCAAAAUUUCACUUGGUUCGGGCAGAAAUUUGUAUGAUUUUUCGUCUGCUGAUAACGUCGGAAUGGCGCAUGUGUUGGCUUUAAACAAUCUUCUCGGCUUGGACUCUGCAACUGGUCAUGAUAAAGGUGAUGUGGGUGGAGAAAGUGCGAAUAGACGCGCCUUUUUCGUAACAGAUGGCAACCCCAAACCAUUUCGCGAAUUGCAAGAAAUGAUCUGGCGCGUCAUUGAUGACGAGCCCGAAGGCAAAUAUGGGAAAUAUACGGUAAUUCCGGUGUGGCUGUUCAAAGCAAUCCUCAGAGUCGCAGGAUUAUUCGGUAAAACGGCGAUUACGCCGCAGGAGAUUGGAGAUGCGGUUUCUGUCAGAUAUUAUGAUAUUGGUGAGGCGAGGAGGGUGUUAGGGUAUAAGCCGGAGCAGAACAAAAAGCUUGAGGAGUCGAUGAGGGAUGCGUGUGAGUGGUGGAAGAUGAGCUCUGCGUUGGCGUCAAAGAGAUCGACGAAAGGGGGGAUGAAGUGA